CUCGGGUCUUCGCGUGUCCGAGCGUUCGAGUAUUCAGAUGGCGACACUCGCGUCUACCUGUCAACACGUCAAUAAGUCCACAUUGCGUGCAGGUUAGAGCGGAAUGUUUGCGCGAUCGAGCGCACGGUUCUCAAGGUUAUGUUCCACGUUUUCCCGUGUAUUUUGAAUAAAUAGUCAAGCUGGCUCGGUUCCAACCGUAUUUUCCGUAUUACAUGAAAAGAUAUGCGACACCUGGCUGAUAAGCCGCAGUGACGCAAGCGUGAUCCGAGCGAUGUGCAAAAUAAAAGCAUGGUUAUCACGCAACGAAAGAUGAAGCAGGUUGCGAUCUUCGUGGUUUGUAUAUUGUUGGUAUUGGGCUUUUACAAAACUCUGGUGACGACAGAAGAGGAACAAAGCUUCGGACGACGCCGAUUAAUCGGUGGGAAAGUCGGUCUGGAUGACAAGAACGAUGUCGAAGUUGCGAAUGGAAAAGUGCACAAUGGCAAUGAGGAGUUAUCCGAUGGAGAUAUCAAGAACAUCGAAGAGGCGAAGAUUCGCAUCCGCGAGCUCGAGGGGAAGCUUCAGCAUCUGGAAGCAGCGAUCAAGAACGGCGUGGCGAAAGAUUUCCCGACGGUGAAGUUCCUAAAUUACAAGAAUCGCAAACGGAUACUAGUGACCGGUGGUGCGGGUUUCGUUGGUUCUCACUUGGUGGACCGUCUGAUGCUCGCCGGCCACGAAGUCAUAGUCGUCGACAACUUCUUCACCGGCAGGAAGCGAAACGUAGAGCACUGGGUCGGCCAUGAGAACUUCGAGCUGGUGCAUCACGACAUCGUGAGGCCACUGUACCUGGAGGUUGACGAGAUCUAUCAUCUCGCUAGUCCGGCUAGUCCGCCGCACUACAUGUUGAAUCCUGUGAAAACGAUAAAGACGAAUACUUUGGGCACGAUAAAUAUGUUGGGACUCGCGAAACGAGUCGGUGCGCGAGUGCUGAUCGCGAGCACGUCGGAGGUUUACGGCGAUCCUAAUGAGCAUCCACAGGCGGAAACGUAUUGGGGCCACGUAAAUCCCAUCGGUCCACGAGCGUGUUACGACGAAGGCAAGCGAGUUGCUGAGACAUUGAGCUACGCUUACAUGAGACAGGAGGGCGUUUCGGUUCGGGUUGCGCGAAUCUUUAACACCUUCGGUCCCAGAAUGCACAUGAACGAUGGUCGCGUUGUGUCCAACUUCAUCCUCCAGGCUUUGCAAAAUGACUCCAUUACGAUUUACGGUAGCGGAAAACAAACGCGAUCGUUUCAAUACGUCUCCGAUCUGGUAGAUGGAUUGGUAGCGCUAAUGGCAUCUAAUUACACACUUCCCGUCAAUAUCGGGAAUCCUGUGGAACAUACGAUUGAGAAGUUCGCACGCAUGAUAAAAGAUUUGGUGGGCGCUACCAGUGAAAUAGUCGAACUUGCGGCAGUGGAGGACGACCCGCAGAGGAGAAAACCGGAUAUUAGCAGAGCGAAGAAGUAUCUGAACUGGGAGCCGAAGGUUCCUCUAGCUGAAGGCCUGAAAAAAACUAUAGUAUACUUUGCUAAAGAAUUACAAAGGACAAAGCAUUCUCAGAAAAGCAGCUUUAAACACUCUUCUUAUAAAAAUGAUCACGAUAUAGUAGAGCAACUCUAGAGUCAAGUAUAACGAUACGAUUAAUGUAUCCACUUUCAGAAGUGGCGUGAAAGUGCCAUUAUGCUAUGGACCAGUAUGUGCCAAAAAAUCCCCGUCCAAUUAACAUUUUACGUAACUUGUAUGGCAAAUGGAUAUACAUUUACGCAAGAUACGCACGAUUAUCUCAUUAAAUUCAAUCUCUUGUACCUUUUCUGCUAUAUACGCAUGUCGCGCGUGCUUCGCAUAGCUGUGUAAUAAUUUGAAACAUAUUUUUAUUUCAUUUUCCAUGACUAUAGAGUUAAUACGAUUUUAUAUAUGUGUGUGUAUAUAUAUAUAUUUUAAAAUAUAUUUAAUAUACUAAUAACUGAUGAUAUAUAAAAUAUAUUUUAAAAUAUAUUUUAUGUUAUUUAUUCUUCUAACGCUGUGAACAACAAGGUGCAUUAAUCGCGUGGUAGCGAAUAUAUAUAUUUAUUAAUAUUAAUAUAAUAUAAUAUAUACAUAUAUAUGUAUAAUAUUAUAUUAAUAUUAAUAAAUAUAUACAUACUUCGCUACCACGUGAAUUAAUGCACUUUAUUGGACUCAUUACGUGUGCACAGAACGCAUCUGUAUAUAAAUCAUUCAGGAAUGUUUCUUUUUUUAUCUUUUAUCUCGUAUUUGUACUCUUGCAAAUGUACAAUUUUCAUGCAUAUACAAUUGAAAAAUGGUGCUGGCGAUGUGACAAGAUGUGUUUUUUUUGUAUAUUAAGAAUCGCGUUUUAGCUUGAACGUAAAACAUUUUUCGCUUAGCUUUUACGUAUAUAGAAAUACUGACAACUCAUUUCUUGUUAUCGUGAUAUUAUUAAUAUUAUCGAAGAAUGUACUUGCAAUAAAACUAUAAGAGAUGUUUACAUUAUUAAGUGACUUAGACUUAACAUUAAGAAAUUUGCGAACUCUUGUACAGCGCCAUCAAAAACUUGGAUGCCAAUGUUUGUAAUAUAUAUUAUAGUUAUGUUACAUGAUAUAAAAAAUAUAACAUAGAUAUACUUAGUGUGAUUAUGAACUGUGAGACUGUAACGACAACGUAUAAGCAGGAAAGUAAUUUUAUAUUUUAUACAUAAGUAGUAAAAAAACAUCUUUUUUUUACGAAAAUGUAUCCUUUACAGCAAAACUUGUAUAAUAUAAUUAAUGACUACGUAAAUAGCUCGCAAAUCGACUUCCCAAAUUUCUACUGCGACAAAAUUUGGCAGCCGCCACGAUGCUCGGAGGGAAAAAAUCUCGAUAUGUCAAUAGCCUUAUCGGAUAUACAGACUUUCGGUGCUCCGAGUAUGCGUUAAAUGACAUAGAAAUGAUAAAAUAACUUAAUAUUAGUGCAAUUCUUAAUGUAAUUAAGGAGAAAUACAAUAUAAAUUCUAAUAAAAUUCAAAUUUUGUAAAGACA